AUGGUCGACAUAAGGCUGAAAACGAAACACACGAGCUGCCAAUUCCACCUGGACUUUAACGAAGUGAAACUACCAGAUGAUGUGAACAUCCUAAAAGAUUUGGAGCAAGAGAUACAGAAUUCUAUUUACCAUUUGAGACGAUCGAACGAUGAAAUUAAAGAGUUUGAUCCGGAAGGUGCCGACCAGGAUCUCCUCAUGGCACUGAAUGAGAACCGAUUUUCGUUAUGUCGGAAGGAGGAACGGCUGCGCAUAAUUCAGGACAAGAUACAGAUCCUAAAUCCCCAUGGUCCUGAUUUUGUGGGUAAAACAAAUAUGAUAGAUACCUCACUGAUGUGCCCAAAGGAGGGAAACCGGGGCGUGGGAAUUGCUCAUAUACUGGCCGCUCAGAUGGGCGAUGAUUACAUCACUCAUUCGGAUGAGAACGAUGAGUUAAUGGCGAGUGAUGCGAAUGGCGAGGUCUGCAGUGAGGUUCCACCUCUGUUCGCCGAAGAAACAGAGGAGAAGAACAAUUCGACGCCCCCGCCUGGAACACUCGGGGGUGGAGGCAUUUACCUGUAG